AAUAGAUACCUCAAAAGCGAUAUGUAAAAUCACCCAAAACAUCAAGCCUGUUUAACCAAAACCAUCGUACAAAGGCAUUUGCACUUUCCACUUCAAAUUUCCAUUUCCAUUCUUGUUCGGUUUUUCUUUUCCUGGAAAGUGAAAGAGACAGAAAGAAAGAAGAAGCCGAAGAAGAAAAAACGUCGGGGGAGACUCUCUCUAGACAUUGCUGUAUGUCAGUGGAGUACUACAGUGAUAAUUACUACGGUGGAUACGGUGAGCUUGCCAACCCUUUACAAUGGCCACAACUCAGGAAAAAACGACGCCUUGUUGCCUCCAAAACGACACCACCACCACCACCACCACUGCCAGAUCAUCAUUACCACCGCCUCCUCAACCUCUUCGAAAGCCCACCAAGGAUUGGCCCGACCCGUCUCAGGAUCCGACCCGCAAGAGCUCUUCUGUGCCGACCAUGGUCCCUGCCUUUGACACUCUCACUGACCCAGCUCCUACAAACACUGCUUCUGCUCCAUCCAAAGGUAUCCUAAGCAUGGUGAGAGCUCAAACUAGUCACCCUUUGGACCCUUUAUCUGCUGCUGAAAUCUCUGUGGCAGUGGCAACUGUCCGGGCAGCUGGAGCAACCCCUGAGGUUAGGGAUAGCAUGCGCUUUGUUGAAGUUGCUUUGGUGGAACCAGCAAAGAGUGUUGUUGCGUUGGCAGAUGCAUAUUUUUUCCCUCCUUUCCAGCCAUCAUUACUUCCCAAAGCAAAAGGCGGACCUGUAAUUCCUAGUAAGCUUCCUCCAAGGCAAGCAAGACUAGUUGUGUAUAACAAAAAGUCGAAUGAGACAAGUGUGUGGAUCGUUGAACUAUCGGAAGUUCAUGCAGCAACUCGAGGUGGUCACCAUAGGGGCAAAGUUAUUUUGUCCAAUGUUGUUCCAGAUGUUCAGCCUCCCAUGGAUGCUGUUGAAUAUGCUGAAUGUGAAGCUGUUGUAAAAGACUUUCCUCCAUUUAGGGAGGCAAUGAAAAGAAGGGGCAUUGAGGAUAUGGAUCUUGUGAUGGUUGAUGCCUGGUGUGUUGGAUAUCACAGUGAUGCUGAUGCCCCUAGCCGCAGACUUGCUAAACCGCUAAUCUUCUGUAGAACUGAGAGCGACUGCCCUAUGGAAAAUGGUUAUGCUCGCCCAGUUGAAGGAAUCCAUGUACUAGUUGAUAUGCAAAAUAUGGUGCUUAUUGAGUUUGAAGAUCGUAAACUUGUUCCCUUACCACCUGCUGACCCAUUAAGAAAUUACACUCCUGGAGAAACACGAGGGGGUGUUGAUCGAAGUGAUGUGAAACCCUUACAAAUUAUUCAGCCUGAGGGUCCAAGUUUUCGUGUUAAUGGGAACUUUGUUCAAUGGCAAAAGUGGAAUUUUCGUGUCGGUUUCACUCCCAGGGAGGGUUUGAUAAUUUAUUCUGUUGCAUAUAUUGAUGGUAGUAGAGGUCGGAGACCUGUGGCCCACAGGUUAAGCUUUGUUGAGAUGGUGGUCCCUUAUGGAGAUCCAAAUGAACCACAUUACAGGAAGAAUGCAUUUGAUGCGGGGGAAGAUGGGCUUGGGAAAAAUGCACAUUCACUUAAGAAGGGUUGUGACUGUUUAGGGUAUGUCAAGUACUUCGAUGCACACUUCACAAAUUUUAAUGGGGGUGUUGAUACAAUUGAGAAUUGUGUAUGCUUGCAUGAAGAGGAUCAUGGGCUUCUGUGGAAACAUCAUGAUUGGAGAACUGGUUUAGCAGAAGUUCGACGAUCGAGAAGGCUGACGGUGUCUUUUAUAUGCACUGUGGCUAACUAUGAGUAUGGAUUCUUCUGGCAUUUUUAUCAGGAUGGAAAGAUCGAAGCAGAGGUUAAACUCACAGGAAUUCUUAGCUUAGGAGCAUUACAACAAGGGGAAGCCCGAAAAUAUGGUACGACCAUUGCUCCUGGCUUAUAUGCACCUGUCCAUCAACAUUUUUUUGUAGCACGUAUGGACAUGGCAGUUGAUUGCAAGCCUGGUGAAGCAUUUAAUCAGGUUGUUGAGGUGAAUCUUAAAGUUGAAGAGCCAGGGAAAGAUAAUGUUCAUAAUAAUGCUUUCUAUGCUGAAGAGGAACUACUGAGAUCUGAAAUGCAAGCAAUGCGCGAUUGUAAUCCUUUAUCUGCUCGCCAUUGGAUUAUCAGAAACACAAGAAAUGUCAACCGGACUGGACAGCUAACAGGUUACAAACUUGUACCUGGUUCAAAUUGUUUACCAUUAGCUGGUUCUGAGGCAAAAUUUCUAAGGAGAGCCACUUUCUUGAAGCAUAAUCUUUGGGUCACACCUUAUGCACGUGAUGAAAAGUAUCCGGGAGGAGAGUUUCCUAAUCAAAAUCCACGUGUUGGGGAAGGAUUGGCUACUUGGGUUAAUCAAAACAGAUCAUUGGAAGAAGCUGACAUAGUUCUUUGGUAUGUAUUUGGAAUGACACACAUUCCUCGGCUGGAAGACUGGCCAGUGAUGCCUGUAGAACGCCUUGGUUUUAUGCUCAUGCCACAUGGAUUCUUUAAUUGCUCACCAGCAGUGGAUGUCCCUCCGAAUACAAGCGAUGUGGAAAUUAAGGACAAUGGGAUGGCUGUAAAGCCUAUCCAGAAUGAGCUACUAGCUAAGCUUUGAAAGCAAUAUUUAACAGGAUUUCAGUGCUGUUGUUUAUUAAGAGUGGGAGAACAGGAUUACAUUGCUGUUUAAUUUGUCGGAUUUAGGUAUGUUUGUCAAAUAAUUGAGCCAUAGGUCUUACUCGAUACUCUUGAGUAUUUUAUGUACCAUUUGAUUAUAAGGAUUAAGGUGGCGUGCCCUCUGUGUCAUUGCAUGGCUCUUCAAAAUACUAAUAUAAAUCAAUGUAUACUGAACCACCAGUAUUAUAUGAUAUUUUAUGGUGCUGAAGACCUUAACAUGUGA